GCCGUAGAAGAGCUGGGUUUCUGCUUCUGUGGCGAAAGUCUUGGUGCGAGGAGGCAUCUGAUCUGUCUAUGGAAAGAUUUACAGAUUUAUUAUUUCCUUUUCUGGUGACUGUUUUUACAAUACUUUUGUCACGACUCAUUUCUCUCCACCGAGGAGCUCAAUAGCAGGAGUGUACAGCCGCAGUUUGAAUCCGCUUCAACUUUCUCUUUCUGGGGAAUCUAUCAGAAAAAGACUAAAUGAUAAAAAUGAUAUGCUUCCUCAUUAGUCUGACUGUGUUUCUUGGAAAAGUGGGGUAAAAGAUGCGUCUUAUCCAGUGCGCAAGUGCCUCUCUUUCUGGUCGUGGGUAACAAUAUUUUCUCGGAUUCUCUUCUUGAGGAAUAUAAAAUGGGCGAGCAGCAGGUAUGGCUUCAAUAACUUGCAGAGGGACAUCAAAAAGGGGCGCCCGGGUGUUGACAGACCCUCUGACUCCUGCUGGGAUCAAACCUGCAACCCUUCAGUCGCAGCCUAGACUCCCUCACCAAUAGCCGGAUCUGCCAUCCUGAGUCCUCCCUCUGAAACAACCUGUAUCACAUCCACAGUAUGGAUUUCUGUGCGCUUUUCCCCUCUGCGAACAUCCAUUUAACAACUUUUCUCUGGGAAUGGAUUUAAUUUGGUUUAAACUCUGAUACCUUCACGUGUCUUAUAAUGACUUUCAUGCUUACAUGUACUCCAGCCAUGUAUUCGGUGGUUCAGUUUAAUUUUUGACAGCUUCUUUCUGGUGAGACAUUCCAUCCUCUGCACUCUUUUGAAGAGUUGUAGCUUAAAUCUCGUCGGCUCUCAUGGGACUGAGGCAUUCGUCGCGUUGUUUGCUGCUACGGCGGAAGAUGGCGGAGGCGGACAGCUCGGAGCGGCAACAGCCUGUCACAUCCCCACUUUCUCAGUCAGCCCAGCCCUCCUCACUGCCUAAACCAGUGCCUACUACCCACCAUGUGCCCUGCAUCCCCCAUACGCCUCAUGUAGCGGGCCUGGCCACCUGUCCUGGUCGAGGCAAGAUAGCAAAGUUCAUCAGCCCAGAGGAAAUGACAUCACGGGACUACUACUUUGACUCUUAUGCUCACUUUGGCAUCCAUGAGGAGAUGCUAAAAGAUGAGGUGCGAACGCUGACGUACAGGAACGCCAUGUACCACAAUAAACAUGUUUUCAAAGAUAAAAUUGUCCUGGAUGUUGGUAGCGGCACGGGGAUCCUCUCUAUGUUUGCUGCUAAUGCCGGCGCCAAACACGUGUACGGGAUUGAAUGUUCAAGUAUAUCCGAAUAUUCAGAGAAGAUCAUCAAGUCAAACCACCUACACAAUGUCAUUACCAUCUUCAAGGGCAAGGUGGAGGAGGUGGAGCUGCCCGUGGAGAAGGUGGACAUUAUCAUCUCAGAGUGGAUGGGUUAUUGCCUCUUCUACGAGUCCAUGCUCAACACUGUCAUCUUCGCCAGGGACAAGUGGCUGAAACCUGGUGGCCUGAUGUUCCCUGACAGAGCAGCUCUUUAUGUGGUGGCCAUCGAGGACAGGCAGUACAAGGACUUUAAGAUUCAUUGGUGGGAGAACGUGUAUGGCUUCGACAUGAGCUGCAUUCGCAAUGUGGCCAUCAAAGAGCCUCUGGUGGAUGUGGUAGAUCCAAAGCAGGUGGUGACUAAUGCCUGCCUCCUAAAGGAGGUGGACAUCUACACUGUGAAGCCAGAGGAUCUGUCCUUCACCUCAGCCUUCUGUCUGCAGAUCCAACGCAAUGAUUACGUCCAUGCCUUGGUCACGUACUUCACCAUUGAAUUCACAAAGUGUCACAAAAAGACCUGCUUCUCCACUGCUCCAGAUGCCCCCAGCACACACUGGAAGCAGACAGUGUUUUACUUAGAGGACUAUUUAACCGUAAAGAAGGGAGAGGAGAUCUUUGGCAGUGUUGCCGUCCGGCCCAAUGAGAAGAAUGUGCGUGACCUGGAGUUCACCCUGGAGCUGGACUUCAAAGGGCAACUCUGUGAGGCGGCCAUUUCCCACGACUAUAAAAUGCGUUAAGAAGAACAACAACUACCAACCAACUACCCUCAGCCCUUCAGGACGCACUCGGAGAGUAGAGGCAGGGCACAGGCUCUCCACAAGCAUUCCAGUUGGCCGGUGAGGGUCGAACAUAUCUGACUGGAUGCCAUCAUGCCAGCACCUGUGAUGUCAUCAGAAGAAGCAAGUAUCUGUCAGCAAUAGUGCCAUCACCUGCACCAACCUGAUCGACUCGGGCACAUUUGAAUGUAAAAUUCGACUUGAUUUGUUUUCCUGUCACUAGUUCCUGAUGUUUUUUCUUUAGUAUAAAAUGAAGAAUGGUGCAGUCUUGAUAUCGUUAGUAAAGCUAGUUGGAAAAUAGUUCUGUAUGAUGUUAAGAAGGUUGCAACACAGUCACUGUCUGUAUUGCUUUGCUCCUUCUUAAGGUUAAUUAUGCACUGUGUAAUUGUAUAGUCGGAAAAGUGAUCUGUUGUGUUUUAUUUCAUUCUUUUUUUUUUUGCAUGUGUUUUUAUUUUUUGUUUUACUUCAUUGAUUUAAAAAAACAAAUGAAAUGUUACGUAUGCUUGUUUAAUUGAGGAUAAUCCACAACUUGACUUUGGUGCCAGAGAAACACAGAACAAUGCCUCAGAACAGUAAACAAACACAGAUGCAAUAUGUCUUCUUGUACCACUUUGUUUUUGGACAUCUGACAGAGUAUAAUAUAAAAGGUGACAAUGAAUAAAAUGUCAAAGAUUCAGUA